AUGGACUCAGAGUCAGAGUCCGAUGAUGCUGACUCGGACUCCGAUGACCCAGACACAAUGGACGACGACGCAAUCACAGAUACAAUCUACGACGACGACACAGAAGACGACGGCGACGACGACGCAAAAGCAGACUCAAUCGCAGACUACUCAGAUGCAAACCCGGAGACUCAGACGAUGACGCAAACGCCUCCCUCAGCCUCCAAACCGGACUUGCUAUCCGACAUAGACGACGACGGCCUCCGAACCGUCCACGCCGACGCGGACUACUCAGACGACGCCGACGCCUACGACUUCGCAGACACAGAUGACGACGACCUUUGA